GCUGCCAUGGAGCCCAGCACUCCUCUCCUCAUCCUGUUCCUUUUGUCAUUGUCAAGACCCCUUCAAGGACAGCAGCACCACCUUGUGGAGUACAUGGAACGCCGACUAGCUGCCUUAGAGGAACGGCUGGCCCAGUGCCAGGACCAGAGUAGUCGGCAUGCUGCUGAGCUGCGGGACUUCAAGAACAAGAUGCUGCCGCUGCUGGAGGUAGCAGAGAAGGAGCGGGAGGCACUCAGAACUGAAGCUGACACCAUCUCCGGGAGAGUGGACCGUCUGGAGCGGGAGGUUGACUAUCUAGAGACCCAGAACCCAACUCUACCCUGUGUCGAGUUUGAUGAGAAGGUGACUGGAGGCCCUGGGACCAAAGGCAAGGGCAGAAGAAAUGAGAAGUAUGAUAUGGUGACAGACUGUGGCUACACAAUCUCUCAGGUAAGAUCAAUGAAGAUCCUGAAGCGGUUUGGUGGCCCAGCUGGUCUAUGGACCAAGGAUCCAUUGGGGCCAACAGAGAAGAUCUACGUGUUAGAUGGAACACAGAAUGACACAGCCUUUGUCUUCCCAAGGCUGCGUGACUUCACCCUUGCCAUGGCUGCCCGGAAAGCUUCCCGAGUCCGGGUGCCCUUCCCCUGGGUAGGCACAGGACAGCUGGUAUAUGGUGGCUUUCUUUAUUAUGCCCGGAGGCCUCCUGGAGGACCUGGAGGGGGUGGUAAGUUGGAGAACACUUUGCAGCUCAUCAAAUUCCACCUGACAAACCGAACAGUGGUGGACAGCUCAGUAUUCCCAGCAGAAGGAUUGAUCCCGCCGUACGGGCUGACAGCAGACACAUACAUCGACCUGGCAGCUGACGAGGAGGGCCUUUGGGCUGUCUACGCCACCCAAGAAGAUGACACGCACUUGUGUCUGGCCAAGUUAGAUCCACAGACACUGGACACAGAGCAGCAGUGGGACACACCAUGUCCCAGAGAGAAUGCUGAGGCUGCCUUUGUCAUUUGUGGGACCCUAUAUGUCGUCUAUAACACCCGCCCUGCCAGUCGGGCCCGCAUCCAGUGCUCCUUUGAUGCCAGUGGCACCCUGACUCCUGAACGGGCAGCACUCCCUUACUUUCCCCGCCGAUAUGGUGCCCACGCCAGCCUCCGCUAUAACCCCCGGGAGCGCCAGCUCUAUGCCUGGGAUGAUGGCUACCAGAUUGUCUAUAAGCUGGAGAUGAGGAGGAAAGAGGAAGAAGUUUGAGGAGCUAGCCCUGUGUUUUAAAUCUCUCUCACCCCCAUACAUUUAUAUCCCCACUAAAUUUCUUGCUCCUCAUUCUUCAAAUCUGGGCAACUACUAGCUCAAAUCCUGUUUUUCAGCCAAUGUCAAUCAAAUUCUCAUAGCCUCUUCGUUUCAUAUGGAACUCCAGAUCUUGACUAAUCCUUUUAGAGCUAAAAGAGUAAAAACCCUAAAUGUUCACUCCUGCUCUCCUGCCCCAUGUCAACACAUUUCAGGCCAAAGAUGACUCAGACCCAGAGCUCUGACCACGUAUGGGGGCAACCCAUGGAACAAGCAGCAGUAUUGCCCUCGGUGGGACUUAGGGAGAGCGGAAUAGGAGACUUUCCACUCUGCCCUCUCUCCCUUACUCCUCCCUUCAGUGUCCCGAAGAAUGGGACUUCCUCCA